UACAAACUCCAAAUGAUUGGAUAUUUUUCCACAGUCAUGUCUGUGAGGUUUUAUGGAUAUCAGCUGAUUCCUGCUGUUUAUCCAUGCUCAGCGUUCCCAACGUGCAUCAGACUCUGACCACUGGGUGUUCCUGCAUUCUGCAGCACCACAAUCACAGGAGUUUGUUUCACAUGCUGGAGUCUUUGGAGCCGGAGACAUCUGGAGGAGCAGACAAAACACCGAGCCGCCUUCCAUUGUUUUCUGUACAGAACGGAACCGGUCGCCAGGGGAGAGAGAAAGGAGCCGUUGGUGCUUCUAGAAAUGAUUUCCGUCUUUAGUUCUGAGGUCCAAACAGGAUGCAGAAUCAUAAAGUUCAUCACUUCUCAGGCGAAUGGACGCCCACAGACUGCUCCCAUCUUCCCCUAAAACCCGAAAAGAAGUUCUGGAUUUAUUCUGAUUUAUUGGUUUUCUGACCAUCAUGUUGCUGAUUGUUCUCCUGCAGAUCAUCAGCAGCGUUGAGGUUUCACUGGGAGCUGACGAGGAGACGCUGUGCACCUCAAACGCCUGCUUCACCCUGCACGCGGUGCAGCUGAGCUUUGAAAAGGCCCGUCUUAGCUGUGAGGACAAUGGAGGCUACCUGAUGACAGUCAGGGACAGAGACGAGGAGCAUGAGCUGCUCUCGCUCCUCAGGCUGAAGGAGAAACAUCACAGCAACGGCUUCAGGCUCUGGAUCGGGUUAAGACUGAAGGAGAAGGACUGUGUGCUACCUGAUGAGACUCUCAGGGGGUUUAAAUGGAUCCUCGGGGAAGAGGAUUCCCAGUAUUCCAACUGGGAAAAGGAGCCAGCCUCCACAUGCACUGAGAGAUGUGUGAAGGCUAAAUAUGUGUUUUCCAGUCCGGAGCAGUUGAAGUGGACCGAUGGGGGAUGCAGAAGCCAGGCCUUUUAUGCAUGUAGGUUUUACUUUAAAGGGAUGUGUGAGCCUCUGGCGCUGACUGGACCUGGAAGGAUCUCCUACACUCCUCCAUUCUCUAAGAAGCCACAGAAAGGGAAGAUGAAACUCUAUCCCGUCGGAACGUAUGCUGUUGUUUAUUGUGGCGGCCGGGAGUGGGGCUACUCCGUGUGUCAUGACACCAACAGCUGGAAUAAUCCUGGCCCGUUUUGUGAGCUGGAAACCCAAAACUGUGGGACCAACAAUGGUGGAUGUGAGCAUUUGUGCCAACAGAAGAUGGAAGCGUUUCAGUGCUCCUGCAGGGACGGUUAUGAGCUGGAGGAGGACGGGUUCUCCUGCAGGAAGCAGAACUUGUGUGGUCCCCGCUCCUGUGAGUAUGAGUGUGUGACGGGGGAGUCGGGGUACUCCUGCAAAUGUCCAAACGGGUUCAAACUGAGCCAAAACCAGCGUGACUGCGCUGACGUCAACGAGUGUGAGUCAGACAUCUGUCAGGAUCACUGGUGUGAAAACACACACGGCAGCUACACGUGUGUGUGUCGCGACGGUUACACGAUGACAGACGGCGAGUGUAGCGACGUGAAUGAGUGUGACGAGUCCAGAUGUGAGCACAUCUGCAGGAACAGCGCCGGCUCCUUCUCGUGUUCCUGCAACCAGGGCUUCACUCUGUCCCAGGAUGGACACUCCUGUGCUGAUGAGGACGAAUGUCUCACUGACCCUUGUCCCACUGGGUCCACAUGCACAAACACCUUUGGUGGCUUCCUGUGCACCAACCAGACCGAGACAGACCGGACGACGGACGGGUCAGCUGAGACCCCGCGCGUGUCCCCCACACCAGCUGCCCCAUCAGCUGAAGGACCACUAGAGUCUUUAACCAGAACCACCAUGGAGCUCCAGCAUCAGUCCCCCCACACAGACCCGGAUGAUCCCACAGACCUGAAACACAAUACGUCCUUGCCUACGAUCAUGACCAAGUCUAUGAACUCAAGGGUGAUGGUCUGCGUACUCGGCUCGGUCGUCCCUCUCCUCCUCCUCCUCGCUCUGACUUUGUUCAUCAUCAUUUUCCGAAGCAGUUGCUUUAAAAAAGAGGAGAAGAAGAAGACGACAGCCGACGGGUACUGCUGGGUAUCCUCUGGUUUGGACCCUCGACUCGAGAAACUCUACGAGUCCAUCCAGACCGAUGACCUAUGAUCUGUCAGGAACCAGAACUUUGGUGUUUAUUUAUGUAAUUUAUGCUUUUAUAUCCUGAAAUUCUGAUUCAUCAAAUCACAUAAAAACUUUACUGUUCAUGAAAUUGUGUCUGAAACAAAAACAGGAUUAAUGUCUGUUAUAAAAGUUGUUCAUGACUGGUUUCCUUGCAUUGUGUGAGCGGGUUCUGGGUGUGGAGGUGUUCCGGACCGAGCCGGGCCUGUUAUGUUAACCCCUCAGUAACCACAGAAGCAGAGAAAGUUUAUACAGGUCUGUUGUUCAAACGUUGGGGUGAACUUUAAUGUUUGUUAUUAUUAAAAGUGUUUGAAAGUUAAGAUUUCAAAAUAAAAGAUUUCCUGGUCUGAAAUAGA